AUGAAGGCCGGUCCAGUUAUAGGGCCCUUCGUUUUUUCCUUUUAUAUGUUACAAAGCGUUUUUCAGUAUUUUAAAGGAAAAUGUAGGGGAAAAAGGUAAGAAAGUAUCUUCUUGCUUUUCUUUUGAAGACAAAGAAUCCGUUUUCGCGAUUAGAGUUAAAAGCAGUUUCAAGGCCAACUGAGAUGAGGCGCCUCUUGAUCGGUUUCAAUAAAAGGAUAAUGCAACGUGGACAAGCUACUAAAACACUUAAACAGAAGAAGGAGAACUAUUCCUGAAGCAGUAUUUAGAAACUUGUAUUUUGGGUCAAAAAGAUCGUGCAGCUUUCGGUAAUUUUUUACUUAUUGGUAUUUACUGUAAGUUGUCGGUUUUCGAAAACAAAAAAAUAUCGUCCAUGGUAACCGUUUGUAAUAAUCUUGGUGCUGACCUUAAGGAACGCAGUGUUUGUGAGAGCCUGCCUUCACUUUGGUCAGCAGCUGAGACGCAGACUCGUUCCCAGUCGUCGGAAGAUCGCGCUCCGUUCCAAGCCUCCUCGUUUUAUUUGGAUAGCGCGAACUGACCUGGGGACGAGGCUAGCUCGGGCGUGAAACAGGAGUGCGCGCGCGUGCUGCCUCACGCAAGCAAAUAACUGAUAACCGAAUUAAAUUUUCCAGGGUUUUUACUUUGUCAGUGAGAUUACAAGACAUUUCUAGUGCAUCAAAUUUUGUAUUCGAAACUUAAAGCUAUUUUAGAUGAAAUAUGAUCUGUAGCUAAUUGUGUUGUGUCUAUUUUUAUUAUCAGAGAAGUUGCAACGAGUGAAAUUAAAAUUCAAGAAUUAAAGGAAAAAGCGCCAGUGAAAAUAGAACAGGAAAGUCAAAAAGUAAGCUUAUGUUUACUGCAUGUUAUGAACAACCCACUUUAAGUUAUUCUUGCAAACAAGUUUUUGUGCCAUUCAUUAACUCCCUUAUUGGAUUAUUGACUGUGUGUGGGCCUGUCUGCAAUGAGGCUUAGAAAUACUGAUUUUUUCUUUAAUAUUUAUGAGGUUUUUGGAACUUGACGGUCCAUGUAACAAAUAAAACGGAAGAAUAAAUAAAACAAAUAAAACGGAACAAAACAAAUAAAACGGAAGAAAGUGAGUAAAAUAAUUAUGAAAGCAGUCGAUAUCAGUUAUAAAUCUAUUCUCUCCCAUUUUGAAGUUUCAUUUACAAAACUAGACACUUUCAAGUUAUAUAUAGUAAAACGCCAAGUCGGCUCGUGUUCAAUACUCAUUUCAUAGUCUGAUUUAUAACUUAUUUCAUUCAUCUUGAUUGACUAGUGCCCCGUUAAACGUAGAAGAUCAGAAGAGCAGUUAGACAACAUUAAGACAAAGAAACAAAGAAAGUCGAUCUCACUGUAUAAACUUAAAGCCAUCAAGAUGAUUGGUGAGGGAGCGUUUGGAAAGGUGAGAGACUGUCAUAAGGAUCAAACAAUAAUCACAAACAAUUCGUAAUAUUAAUUUUUACAACAUUUAGAGUAACUUUCGGCGGAUCACCGCCCUACAGUGGCGAGUAUCUCGUGGUCAAAAACUAGCGAUUUAUCAAUUAGUUGAUUAAUCAAUUAAAUAAGUAAUUAUCUAUUUAUUAAUUUCAAAACUCUGUUAAAGAAGUUGAAAGGCUUUGUUUUCUUUCGUUUUUGCUAAGGGUACGCUCUAUUAAUUACCAAAUAAGCGAGCAAAGGUGAAUAUGAUAUACACACUGUGUAAUUCCUUCUUUCUCCAAAAAGUGGAUGAUAUCUGGGGCUAUUUUUCCAGUAAGAAGUAACUUGAAGUUCUUUGAAAAAAAGACCGGUAAUACCGCGCCUAUCAACUGCUUCAUCUGAAAGUUUGUUCAAUUCCAAAAUAUCUGCAAUGUUUUUAUAGGUUCGUCUUUGUGUGGACCGUCGCACCAAGAGACAAUACGCGGUAAAGCAGAUAAUUGAACCUGACCCAAGCAGUGUGGAAGAGAAAGUAUUGAGCUUAGCCUCGUCCAGUCCUUUCAUAACAAGACUUUGUGAAGAAGUUGAGAACCCGGUAUGAUACUUUUAAAAAUUGUACGAACAUUUUUACUCCUUCUACCCCCGGUAUAAACUCCCACUCCCGCCCGUCCGCCCAGGUGGAAAAAACGGCCGGCCAAUUACAUUUAAAGCAUAUCGACAUCUUGACGAACUUGAAGGAAAUCAGGGGACUACAAGCCUUCCGAAAGAUUGUGAAUUAUACCUGUGCUAUAAGGCUUGAGUGAGGCGUUUGUGGUCGAGCGUUAACACCUCAAACUCUGGAUCUGAAGGUCCGAGGUUCAAGCCUCGCCAGUCGCGUUGUUUCCCAAGACAAGGAACUUUACUCCACUUUGUCUCUCUUCACCCAGAUGUAUAAACGGGUGCUAGCGACAUACUGCUGGGGGGUAACCUUGCGAUGGACCAGCAUCCCGUCCAGGGGGGAGAAGCAAUACUCCUAGGCUUGCAUCAUGCUUCGGAAACCGGUAUAAACUCCGACGGUAUGGGUCUUUGGCUCGUGUACGCCUUUACCUAUAACGGCUCCACUGGGCAUUUCUCUCUGUGCCUCAUGAUCUUUCUCAAUUUUGUUCACUAUAACCCAAAAAGAAAAUAGUAUGUUAUGGGUCAACUAAUAGCUUCUUUGUAUUUUCAUAUUAUAGUACCCUGGCCAUUUCAUUAUACUAGAGUUCGUUGAAGGAGGAGACCUUUUCACUGAAUUGGAUGAGAAUGGAUGGCUCAGCGAAAAUCGAACUAGGUAAUCAUACUUCCAUACCAAAGUUUUCGAGAUGCUGUUGAGAAAACAGUCUAUAACGAGACAAUGAAAGAAAACAGGACAGAAUUUAACACAUUUGGUGAAGUUUUCCUUUUAAACCGAAUACCUGCUAACACUUUAGUAAGAGACGUUCCAUGGACUACCCCUGUGGACCACGCCUAAUUUUCGUAGAUGAAUUUAACCAGAGGUCUAAACACAUUUUUGGAACCUUAAAUGGACGAAAAUGUGGUCAGUUUUUAUUUUCAGUGGUAGGGGCUCCUCAUAUUUUACACUCGCUUUCUUUUUUUUCAAUUCCAUACCAAUUGGAUGGGUUCGUUUUAGUCUGGUGAAGGAGUCAACAUAUUUUAGAGGGGCAGAAGUAUGGAGGAAGUAGUAUCCUAUGCAGUUUGUUUCGUGUUCCUGUUGUGUGAAAAUCGAACCAAAAACAGCUGUGUAUGAGACUAAGGACGAAAUAUUGUUUCUCCUCCCAGGCUUAACCAAACCCAUGAUUGGAAUUCAGGAAAAAUUUGAGCAAGUGUAUAAUAUGAGGAACCUUUAAUCCUGAUAAUAAAGACGCAGUUUCAUCCAUUUAAGGUUCCUAAAUCUCGUUUAGACCUCUAGCUGCUAAAGAUUCAGCUUCAAAAAUUAGGGGUGGUCCGCGGGAGUAGUCCAUGGACCGGGUCCACGAAGAGGUCAACGGACUGGGUCCGCGGAGAUGGUCCAUGGACCGGGGGUCAUGUUUUGUAUACGUCCAUAUACGCUUAGUCAUUCAACAAAGCGUUAGUUACAGUUUCGUUAGGAAUCGAACUAUGAACUAUAAGCUAUCAAUUGAGGUCAUUUAAUCUUGCUAAUGAGACGUAGUAUUUUACUUAAAACAUCAUAUUGCUUGUCGUUUUGUUUUAGGUUUUACACUGCUGAGAUCAUCGCUGGAUUGCAAUUUCUACACCAAAAAGGUGUCAUUCACAGGUGAGCAGAAAUAUGAGAAAUAGCUGAAAUUCACACUUGGUGGGUGAUUUCGAUCACUUGCGUAUUAAUAUGGCAACGAUGAAAAAAAACCAAUGAAUUGAUACCGUCGGACCUUUAUUUUGCGGCCUCCUAAACGGCCAACAGUUACGUACAUCGGGCAUCGUGGGGGGGCGGGGGGAGGGACAAAAAUCGUCAGCCGUAAAUCACAUGAAGUAGGUGAUCGUUUGCUAGAUCAUUGUCUAUCAUGACAGGACUCAGCGCUCUCUAAGGUCCUUGUAUGGGUGAAGAAAGUUAAAUUUAUAAUUAUGCGGCUAUUUAUCCCUUUUCCUCGAAGACUACGGUUGCAUCUCUUUUGGCUCAGUUUACCUAAAAAUCAAUGCCUUUAAUAUUUGCGUAAAUUUUUAUUUAUCCUAUGACAGGGACUUGAAACCUGAAAACAUUUUGCUGACCAAAAAUGGGCACAUCAAAAUCAGUGAUUUCGGAUUGUCCGCUAUCAUCGAUCCAGUUACACAGGAAAAGAUUAUCAACGCAGAAAUUAUCGGGACACCUCUUUACAUGGCUCCUGAGGUAAACCAUGGUACUGUAGCGUUAGUUAAGGGGGAAGUAUGGUUAAAAGCAUUAUUUUUCGUUGAUUUCCACCACUUCUCCUAAAUAUCAUUCAAUCAAAAAAUGACUCAAUUAUGUUGCAGUCCUUAAUUCACAAUUAUUUUUGAAUUUUUGGAUGAUUUUUCGAAUAUUUUUACCCUAUAAAAUUUAGGGGGGAAGAUGUUUAAAAUUUUGGGAAAAUGGGAAAAUAUUAGAUUUGGGGUUGUUAAAAACUGAAAUAUGAAGUUAAUAAUUAGUAGACAAUUACCAGAUAGUCCACCACCACAACAAGGUGCCUCUGAUCCCAUUAGCGGAAUAACUGGUACACCUAUUCUUACUAACCUAAUCAACAUCAUCUCCCAAAAAACAAACCGUAAUUCCCCCUUAAGCCCUGUGAACCAAGUGUCUAAAUCAGUUUCUCGUGUAGCUUCUUGGUCAAUAACUCAGUAUUUUAUCCCAGAUCUAUGACCCAUUUCAGAACCACCAUCCAAAAUAUCCCUGGGCCUGAUAUCCUGCUUUUUACUUACUGAAUCAGUGCCGAUAAUUAACGCUAAAACAAAUCUUUAUACAGGCUAUUAAAUACGAUGUUUUCUUGUACGAGAUCAGAUAUGUUACAGGUUAAAUUUGGUUUCAGGUUAAUUUUGAUUUGAGCUAGCUUGGUUAAAUCUCAAUUUUCUUUGUAUCCUCGCUCUAAUUCAUGAAUAAUUAGGGACAUGAAACAAAGCAAAUAGAGAACCAACCUACGUUAAAUAAUUUUAACCUGAAUAUAAUUUUGACCUGUAACAUAUAUACUAAUGUUAGAUACACUGGAAGAAGGAAGAGCUGUUCAGUUUCCACAAAGCUAACAAUACACGACAUGAUCUACUCAUUAAAAAAUCACAAACCUCGUAGUAAGAUCUUUUGCUUAGGAGAAGCUCGACUUGUUUUCAUGGAAUAACAUCUUAUCGUGCUGAUGUUAGCUUAGUGCAAGGUGUUAUUUGUUGCAGAUUAUCUUACAGGACCCAUACGACGCUUGUGUGGACUGGUGGGCUCUUGGAGUCAUGGUGUUUACGAUGCUCACUGGAAUGGUUUGUAUUUCAAAUGUUAUUUCAGUUAUCUUGUUCUUAACACGAAAAAGGUGAAACUGAACUUAGACUAUGAUGAUGGUAACCUACUUAGUUAACAAUGUUAUCCUUUGUGUGUACAUUUCAGAUGCCGUUUGAUGCUGAAUCGGAGGAUGAGUUAUUUGAUUUGAUCGUAUAUGACUACCCACAGAAACCGGACAAAAAAACAUUGUCUGAGCUGUCCAUUGACGCCACUGAAUUGUUCCUACACGUAAGUGUCAAAUACAUAAAUCAUACAUGAAAGGUUAUAUUCCCUUAUUUUUUUACAUGUACCAAAAUUAUUUAUUGUCAGUCGAUAUCAAUAGAGGCCACACUUAGUGAAAAAGUCCAAAGAUUGACUGCCUUCUCCCCGGGGUAACUGCUUCCCAUAACGGAUUAUACAGGAAGGCUGCUCCACCAGAAAGGGUUUCCUUUUUUAGGAUUCAGGUAUAUUGAAGGGUAGAGAAAUCGUUUUUAUGUUGGAAUGAGUGAAGAACAAAUAUGACUAGACUAAAACUAGGUCAACGUUAACUUCCGUUACGGAGUAUCAUAAAAGCCUAACAUUUCAAAAAACAAAGGUCUCUGAGUUGAGAUUAAAUACCGGUAUUACAAGACAUAUCACAUUUUUGGAUGUUUUCAGUUACUAGAGAAAUAUCCACAAGACCGUCUCGGGUAUAAAGGAGGCGAUUACCCCUGGAUCAGAGAUCAUGCUUUCUUUCACGGUUUUGACUGGAACAGACUGGAGGCAUUGGAACUCGACCGCCCACCUUGA